GAGAAAAUUCUAAUAAGUGCAAAUUAAUAUAUAUAUAUAUAUAUACAUACACACACAUAUAAUUAUGUGAAUGUGAUAGGGUUAACUUAAAUAAAUAGAGUAAGAAAGUAAGUAGAUUUAAAAAUUUAGAUGAUAAAUAAAAAAUCGGAAGUCAAAUUUUAAUCAUGUUAGCGACCAUUUUCUCCAUCCUCUUGGCUUCCAGAUGUACGUAUUUAUGUUGUCUCUGUUUGGAGACAUUCUUGCUUCUUCUCGUUCACUUUAAGAAGGACCGAAGCGAUUUGUUUCGUCACCAGUCAUCAGGCACCGCGCAGGUUCUCCCAGUCUCUGAGGUGGCACAGUGACCGCCAUGAUAAAGUACGGUGAGAGUCAAGUGAUGACGGUGAACCCAAUAUUCCGAAGCGAAUCUCUUGGGUACUGCUUGCCGGAGCAGAGCUACUCCAUGAUGGAGAAGAGGCAGCUAUUCCUCAGAAGCUAUCAGUUCUGUCGAAAGAAGAGCGUUGCAGAGAGAAUCAAAGGGUCAUUGGCGCGUGCGAAGAAAGCUGUGUGGCUGAGCUGGCUACGAUCCGCUCUGGGGCUGAGGAAGUUAGUGUUUUCCAGGUUCCAAUGCGGCUUCCAUUACCGUCGCCGGAGGUUCUUCCGCCUCUUCAACGUCUAUCCCUGCCGCAGAAGCGACUCUUGCUUUUUCUAGACCAGUCCUUUUCAUCUUGUCUUCUUAGGUUUAAUUUGAUUCUUCAUACAGCUGCUUCCUCAUGAUUCUUCGUUUGUUCAUGUCUUCUCUCUCCCGUGGUUACCAGAAGAAAUUGAAUCAAUUCAGAAUUUUGA